AUGUCUCUUUAUCACGAGACUGCGGCCAUAGUCACAGGCCCCUCUACUCAUGGGGGCAGUCUCAAAUCCAGGAUAUAUGGAAACAAAGAUCUCAAAUCACCGCCUGCCCAGGUUUAUGCUCUGGCAUUUGAAUCCAGCAAAUGGAGUGCCGUCCUGAAGGAGGUGGUUGAGAACUCACAGCUGUUGCAAAAAGAGCGAAAGUCACAGAUCACACCAACCCUCUCCAUCCUGCUUGCCCAUGAUCUUCUCCUCGCCAAAAAGGGCAUCGCCCUUCCUGCUUCUCACGGACUCCGUGUAUCCAUAGAGAAACACAAAGCAAGACUCCAAUCCGAAUUCACCCGGGCCAGGUUACGGAGGAAAUGCCCCACGGUCGACGCCUUGAAGGCAGUGAUCGAUGCGCAGUCCGGCCCCGCCCACCCGCGCUGGAUCCGCGUCAACUCGCUCAAGAGCACCGUCGACGAGCAGCUAGACACGACCUUCAAGGGCUUCGAAGUCGUCCCCACCGUCAGCGAGGUCAUGGCACCCACCUCAUCUAACAAAAAAGUCCUCUGCCUCGACAGCCACGUCCCCAACCUCAUCGCGGCACCCCCCGGGAUUGACUUCACCAAGACGCCCGCCUACCAAUCCGGCGCCAUCAUCCUGCAGGACAAAGCCUCCUGCUUCCCGGCCUACCUGCUGGACCCGCGCCCGGAGGACGGUGACAUUGUCGACGCCUGCAGCGCCCCGGGCAACAAGACCACCCACCUCGCGGCCAUCCUGCACGAGCGCGGGGGGCUUGCCGCGGGUCAGCAGCGCAUACUGGCUUUUGAGAAGGAUAAGAACCGCGCUAAAACGCUGGCCAAGAUGGUCCGCGCCGCGGGGUCGGAUAAGGUCACGGUGAUCCACCCGGGCGCCGACUUUCUCAAGACGGACCCUGAUGCGCCUGAGUUUCGGGCCGUGGGGGCCCUGCUGCUGGAUCCGUCGUGCUCGGGGAGUGGGGAUUGUCGGGCGUGA